UUAUACAAAACAAGGCGAUCAGUCGGUAAAUGGCCACAGGUGUGAGGUUCGAAGCUGCCGAUUAACCAAACUUGUUUUACGUAUGAGGAAUAAGGACAGUGUCUGUGAUAGUAGAGAUUAUUCUUUCUUGUUUCUUGAAAGUUGAAAUUCUAAUUGUUAUUUGUUUGGACAAGAUUUUCUAAGAAAGCACAGCAAAUACGCUUGGAACUAAAUUAGCAAGGCGAUGACGCUGUGUGUUGGGUUUGACAUUUAGUUGUCCUCCUUCGUAGACACUUUGUAAGAGGACAUGUAUCAGGGACAUGUUAGACAGGUGCGUGUGGGUAUUUUCUCUAAGAAGAGGAAACGCUACCACCGGUGUGAAAAGGUGAUGCUGGUCGGGGAUUCGGGCGUUGGGAAGACCUGUCUUUUGGUUCGAUUCAAAGAUGGAGCCUUUCUAGCCGGGAGCUUCAUCUCCACUGUGGGCAUCGACUUCAGGAAUAAAGUAAUGAGCAUCGACGCUGUGAAGGUGAAACUGCAGAUUUGGGAUACUGCCGGACAGGAGCGUUUCCGGAGUGUCACACAUGCUUACUACCGUGAUGCUAACGCUCUCCUCCUUCUCUAUGAUGUCACUAACAAAGCGUCCUUUGACAACAUCCGGGCAUGGUUGACUGAGAUCCAUGAGUACGCUCAGCAGGAUGUGGUCGUCAUGCUGCUGGGCAACAAGGCUGACUCCACACAUGACAGGGUGGUGAGGCGAGAGGAGGGAGAGAAACUGGCAAAGGAGUUUGGAGUGCCCUUCAUGGAGACAAGUGCUAAAACUGGACUGAAUGUGGAGCUGGCCUUCACUGCAGUGGCCAAAGAACUGAAGCACAGAACCAUGAAGGAGCCUGACGAGCCAAAGUUUCUGCUGAAGGAGUACGUCGACAAAGAAAUGAGGACUGCUGGCUGCUGCCGCUCGUAGACCACAUCCUAUAUGUGUGUAUGUGCGUGUGUGUGUUUGAGAGAGGGAGAGUGAGAAAGAAAACAGGUACCUCCUGAGUAAUAAUAAAUCUGAGUCGAUGUGCCUGGGAACUAUCAUGAAAUUCUCAGUGUUUGUAAAUCUUCUAUCAGUGGUGAUACAGCCAGUGUGCUUUCUCUCCCAGCCCACCUUUCCUCUGCAACUGUGAAUGUAAUAUAACUCCUAUCUACAUGCUUACGUAUCCACAUGCAUGUACACGCACAGACACACACACAUUCACACACAUGUUUGUAAGUUUACUUCAUAGCCUGUUCAACCUAUUUUAUCAUAAGUGUGAUGUACAUAUUUGAAAUGUUGUUUUCAUUUUGUGCUCUGAAAUCUUUGUAGUUUGUAAAUGCUCGUCUCGUUGAAACAAAAGAACAGACACAAAUAUGUUGGAUAUUAAACCUUGUUGAAGUCAUAGAAAUAAAUAGACCUAAUUAACAUAUUUGUACAGAUACACUAUUGCGCCUGAUGUGAGCUGUCAAAUGGCACUGUGUGCCGUUUGUACAGGAUACCAUAUAAUAAGCGUUUUUAAGACUUGUACUUGUGAUCAUGACCAUCAUUAUACUGAUGUGUCUGUGAAAUUCAUUUUGAGCUCUUUACCUUUUAUACUCAGAUUGUUCAGUUUGAGUUUAAAGCUGCUAUGUGAAGCAUUUUAAUAUUAAAGGGAUAGUUCACCCCCCCCACCCCCCCACCCCAAAUCAAAAAAUGUGUAUUGUUACGUAUAUACCUGUAGUGCUGUUUAUCCUUCAAGAUUGUUUAGGUGUUAGCUGCAGAGUGUUGCGGAUUAACAGCUGUAGAGAUCACAGACCUUGUUGUAGGCAUUGCGCACUGCGCAAAAAGAAACGUGCGUGGACUCAUGUGCUGACUCGUGCUUGUGAACAUGUCAGGAUGUAAACAUUAUGGCAUCCACGGUUGAACCUUAAUGCUAGAUGACUUGGUUAGCUUGCCUCUUGUCCAUGAGUUGAUGCACGAGUCAUUCUGCGCAGUAAUAUAACUAAUAAUGUAACUGGGUCAUUGUAUAUUUUCAUUCUUUUGGCAACUGAAACCUACUGACUCUGCAUUCUGCGAUAGUGAAAAAUAAUUUCCGUAUCUGAAACGUGGUUUGGAUCUGCUUGGAAUGGGCUCUUCCUUGGCACAUGCUACACCCUUCAAUCAAGUUUCAUGAACAUCAGCCUAUGAGAUUUUUUAUCAUUUUGUUGAACCUCAGUGGAGGUAACAACAUAAAAUAAACCUUCAACAGCUACAUUAAACAUGACCACGGCAGACAUGCAAGGAGCCAAGGGAAUAAGGAGUAAAGGGAAUGGUAACUGGAAAUUGGUAGUGGGUGGGUGUGUUGGCUUUAAGGAGGAGUUGUUUCUUGUAGAAAAACAGGAAAGAAGCAGGAUUCCAGUGCAAAUCAAGCUUUUUAAAAAGUGACA